CACGUCACAGUUAAACAGGUGUGUACUUCUGCCAGCGUCCGCUUCAAUAUUGCAACACAACACGAGCCUCCUGGAAACCAACACGAGGAAGUUAAAGAUAAAAAAAUAUUAACUACAGAUCAGGAGUUGAUGGAGAAGAUGGCUUCGUUUUUCGGAGAAUCUUGCAGAACAAGAUCAUAGCUGCUGAAUUUGUCUCAAUCUAUUUUCUAUGUAAUGCCUCAUUGUGGACAUUAGUUUGUGUGUGUGUGGAGAAGAGCAGGAGCUUUGAAACUGGUUUUGCUGACAGUUGCUGCCCAAAUUGGAGGGUGGAGCACCAGAAAACUUACUUUGCACUGAGGAGCCAUAAAUUGAAGCCACAUAGGAUUUAGAAAACAGAUAAGGCUGCACCUCAAAGAGGUAUGGAAGUAGAGAUGAUGGAACAGACAGAUUAUCCAUCUUGUUCUAGCCAGGGAGAAGACGAAUGUAAAGCAUUGUGUAACCGUGAUAAAAAUGUUGCUGAUCUUUCACACUGUAUAGACAUCCAGUUAUCUGACGAGCUAAGCAAACAAAGGUCUCGGUUAAAUCCUGUGAUGAUGGAUAUCCAAGCCAAGAUUGAACUGGUGGAUGAUCUGCUGGCCAAAGUAAAGAAAAAGGAGGCCAAGGUCAAGACGUCGAACACUGAGUUAAAAGCAGAUGUGCAAACAGUUCUGGAGGAGAUGGUGGAGCUUCUGACAAGCUACAGCACAGCAGGGAUGGAGCUUCUAGAGGCCCAGUUAAGGCCAAGAGAGGAGAUUUUGGAGACCAGCAUUCAAACCUUGUCAGAUCUCCAUACUCAGCUUAAGGAAACAGAGCUCCAGGUUAACACUUUGAUGGAGGAGCAAGAUAAGGAUAGAUUUUUCAAAGAGGUCUUGGAAGUUGAAAAACUCUCUUCCAGCCUGACUGUAGAACAUCAGAAAAUAGGAGCAUCUGAGGACAAUGAGGCAAACCUCAGCUUGACCCAUAUGUGUGAAGAAAUGGAGCACCGCAAUUAUGACCUUCGUGUCAAACUAGGAGCAGCCCAGCGUCGUUUACGAAAUAUUCUCAACCCGUCCGAGGUGACUUUUGACUCUGAGACUUUGCAUCCUUCCCUGGUGCUUUCUGAGGAUCUUAAAACAGUGUCCUUCAGCGUGGUCAAACAGCCUUAUCCAGCUGGACCACAGAGGUUCACCAACUACUUUCAGGCUCUGAGUUCCCAAAGCUUUUGCAAAGGAGAACACUGCUGGGUUCUGCAAGCCGAAGGUUGCCCAUGGGUUCUGGGGCUGUGCUAUGGGGGGAUUCCACGCUCUGGUACUGAAAGUGGUCUAGAAAGCAGAAGUGGAGCAUGGUGCCUAAUGUGGUAUGAUAACCUUCUUAGGGCAUAUGAAGGAGGAAAAGAGACUCAGCUGAAGCGUACUCCGUUUCUCCAGAAGCUGGAGAUCCGCCUUAGCUUCAACAAAAAUUGUGUAACAUUUUCUAGCAUAAGCAACGUUACUGCAGCCAAAACUCAUCUCCAUACUUUUAAUGUGAGCUUUACUGAGCCUGUGUAUUUGGCUGUGAGAAUGAUGUCAGGUCAGCCAAAAGCUCGAAUAACAUUAUGCGAGUAAUGUUAAAUUCACCUCAUAGCACCAGCGUCUCUGGUUUACUCUGGAGCUCGAGUCUGUGAAACUUUGCACACUCUCCCUUGCUGCAUGAGUUUCUUCUCACCUUCCAAAACAUGUUGACAGAAGCCAUGUAAAAUAGCAACUCUACAUUACACCUAGGUGUGAAAUGUGUGUGUUCUUUAAUUGUUUUCUGGAGUUGAGUAAGCAGUCAGCAUUGAGGCAAAUCAUGCACUUCACACUGUAUUAUUACAAUUCCUAAAACCAGCUCUUAGAUAAUUAUAGAAUCACUUGAUAAUCGUUUUUUGAUGUGCCAGUAUCUAAUGAAAAGUCUAAGUCUGUUUCUUAUUUACACGUCACUUUGGAUCAGGAGAAACGGCAAAAAGAAAGAUCAAUGCAUAUGUAUUUUCAAAACCCAACAGGGAAACAAAGAAGCUCACUGACGUCAAGACAGGAAAGAAACAGCCUCACAGCAACAUUCGGCAAGACUUCAAUGUGCCUUAUCGAAUUCAAAUUCAAUUAUUUUUUGCCACAUACACAUUCAUACAGAGUAUGACAUAAUGAAAUGCUAAUUACGACUGUUCAUUUUGUAAACAUGAAAGAAAUACAAUAUAGAUAAAAAAAAAUGAGUAAAGUAACAAAAAUAAAUAAAAUAAGUAUAAAUGUAUAUUAAAAUAUAAUCUGACUACAAGUAUGAAUAAAAAGAUAAAUAAAUAAAUAUAUAUAUAUAUAUAUGUGUGUGUGUGUGUGUAUAUGCAUACAUAAAUGAACAGAAGGGAUGAAUGGACAUGUAUAACAGAUAUGUAUGACAGAAGUACAGAUUAAAGUGACUCAGUGUGAUGUAAUUGUCAUUAAAGUGUCCAUGUGCUUGCAUAAAAAAUGGUGAAAGUGACUCUGUGCUAGUCCAGUCCAGUUAGAGUUCGACUAGUGCAAGUAAUGCAAAUAUUAGUGAAUAUUUGUAAAUAAUGUGAAUAAUAGUGCACAAUAAAGGAAGUGAGACGGAGAGAGAAGUCCAGGUACUAGAUCCUGGGUGUCUCCAGGUUUUAACUCUGAAUGGCCUGUGGGAAGAAGCUCCUCCUCAUUUUCUCUGUGUUUGCUUUUAAGGAGCGGAAGCGCUUCCCUGAACGCAACAAGGAAAAUAGUCUAUAGUUGGGAUGGCUGAGGUCCUUCACAAUCUUCCUGGCCCUGGUCCAGCACCAAGUGCUGUAGAUGCAGGUCAGGGAGCUUGGUGCAGCAGCUACAGUACGUGAUGCCAAACCAGGGCCAGGAAGGGUGUAUCAAUUUGGAAAUAUAUAUUUAAUUGUAACAGGAAAUGAAUAUGUGAAUAAAGUGAUCUUAAUUUUUGAUAGAGGGUGCCCUCUGGUGGCAUGGAGGCUAGGUGAAUGUCUCAGUUUGAGUUUUUUCACUCUGGAAUCCAACAACUUGAAUUAUAGUAGGUCUUCAUUUUUAUCUGUGUAUGUUUGAGUCAUCAGACUGGUUAUGCUGGGGGACACUAAUGUACGAGUUGAAGAAAGAAUUGUACCCAUCCAUUUAUAUCAACAACGUCUUUUCUGUCACAUGCGAUGCUGGCACUUUAGUCACCAAAGAUCCAGCCUUCAUAAUCCAGCCUCUUUUCUAAGUAAAAAAAAAAAAAAAAAAGUUAAUCCGUGACAUUGUGCUGUGAUGAAGACCGAUUCAAUAUGUAGUUAAAAUCCUGAAGUAGAUUAUUUUCCAAUAAUAACGUUUGCCAAUAUCAUAUAAUCCAUUACUUAUACAGCAGAAGAAGUGCUGUCAGUGUUCAGUGGAGUUAUUUUUUUAUUAUGUAUCUUUUAGUGUAGUUUUAGGUAACUGCAAUUGUCAUAUUGCAUUUAGACUUCACAGCCCUCUUAUUCUUAUUUGAUGUGUCUUUAACACAUUUACCGCCACAUUUGUUGUGAUCUUGGCUGAAUAUAAAAAUAGUUAUAGGCUAGAUUAUAGCUUUGCAUUGUGCACGUGUGCCAGACAUCGCAGGAUUUAUGUUUGGUACCAAUAGAUAUGAAGUGGUAAUGUAAAAAAAAAAAAGUGUUUUCGGUUAUUUGUUUUCA